GUCUGUCAUUCCUUGAUGCCGAACGGAGCGCAGGGCGCCAUAGAGAGCGGCGGCACGCGCUCCAAUACAUCUGACCUGUGGCCUCUCUCUCUGCAGAUCAGCUGAGGACGUUGGUCAUGAUGUGGAGAGGGCAGCAUGUGUAUCAGAUGCCGUUUAUUCACCUUCUAAUAGAAUAAUAAAUGUAUUUCGAUGGAACAUGUGGAGGAUUCUUGGAAGGAAAAGUCAGAGCCCUAUGACAAUUUUGUGCAAUUUCUACAUGAAGAGAAAGGGUGGCUCAAUUUUACUCCAAAGCCAUUAGUAACUGACAAUUAAUAUCAAGCGGCACACAGAUGCAGCCUUGUGCUGCUUUGCCUGAAGCACCAUUACUAAUGGCUAGGAAGCUACUUGAUAUUCAACAACCUAAACACACAUAAAACCCUCCAUAAUGCCUUCAAAAGUGUCAUGCCUAUAUGUCUUGACAGUUGUUUGUUGGGCAAGUGCCCUGUGGUACCUCAGCAUAUCUAGACCCACAACAUCGUUAGUUGGACAGCUGACCGUGCCCGCCCGCAAAACCGUUAAGCCACAAAGAACCACCAACACCACUUUUAACAACAUCCGAACCCGCCCGUUAAACCCCCACGCAUUUGAUUUCAUCAUUAACGAGCCCAAGAAAUGUGAGACCAACGUGCCGUUCCUGGUGAUCCUCAUUAGCACAACACACAAGGAGUUUGAUGCUCGGCAGGCGAUUCGGGAAACAUGGGGCGAUGAGAGCACAUUCAGCGACCUUCGCAUCGUAACACUCUUCCUCCUUGGCCGCAGUACAGACAACAUGCUCAAUCAGAUGGUAGAGCAAGAGAGUCAGAUCUUCCAUGACAUUGUAGUGGAGGACUUUGUGGAUUCCUACCAUAACCUGACUCUAAAGACGCUGAUGGGAAUGCGCUGGGUGGCCACCUUCUGCAACCAGGCCAAGUAUGUGAUGAAGACGGACAGUGACAUUUUUGUCAACAUGGACAACCUGGUGUACAAGUUGCUAAAACCAGACACCAAGCCCAGACGGAGGUAUUUCACGGGCUACGUCAUAAACGGCUCACCUAUUCGGGAUAUGCGCAGUAAGUGGUACAUGCCCAGAGACCUGUACCCAGAAAGUAAGUACCCACCGUUUUGCUCCGGCACGGGCUACGUCUUUUCAGCAGAUGUGGCUGAGCUGAUCUAUAAGACUUCCCUUCACACCCGUCUGCUUCAUUUGGAAGACGUUUAUGUAGGCGUUUGCUUACGGAAGCUUGGCAUUCACCCAUAUCAGAAUAGUGGCUUCAAUCACUGGAAAAUGGCUUACAGUCUCUGUAGGUACCGUCGAGUCAUCACAGUGCACCAAAUCUCUCCUGAAGAGAUACACCGGAUCUGGAACGACAUGUCCAGCAAAAAACACCUCAAAUGUUAGUAAUGCUUGAGGAAUACCAUCUAUCUCCAUCAAUUUUUUAUAUACAGGACAUAAAAAGACAAAAUGUGCGUCUGUGAAACAUGGAAAGUAUAUACAGAGAUCUCCUUACAAAACCCCAAGAACAGCCUGUGACACCAUGAGUUGUUUGUAAGUAAAGUAGGUAAAGGUCAGACCAAGAGCAUCCAACAGUGAAGAAUAUGCUACUGUUGAUGUGCAACUGUAAAGUACACUGAUAAAUAUAUCGACAGUGUGAGUGUUAUUGCCGUGCCAGUAUAAUUGCAUCAAGAGAGGGUGCGCUGUGCUUUAUUUGAGUAUAGUGUUUGACUUAAAUGCUAAUUCACGCAUAAACAGUCUUCUGAACUGUAGUAAUUUAGCUCAUCAGCUCAACAAACGUGCACUCUUGAGUUGGAUGAAGCCAAACAUGAAUGUCCUUGAUGUUAUUUCCGUCAACUGCACAUAGUUUUAUUGGAUGUAAUUAAAAGUGUUGAUGAAAUCAGCACUAAUUAUGAGUGUUAAAACUA